CAGAUAACGAAAUCCGCCACAUAGACUUCUCCUCUCCAAUUUUCCUCCAACAGAAAAAAAUAAAAAUAAAAUAAGAGACGAGUGGCAACGGUGGAAGUACGGUACAAACGACAAAUUAAAACGAAAAACACAGAAAGAAAGAAGGGAAAAAUUGGGUUGCCGUCCGGCAGAGGCAGAGAGUGGUUUCCAUUCCUCGUCCACGGAGGACCAAAACUUCUCAGCUUGCCUUGGACUAUGUUGGACUCCAUGAGUUGUUCCCGCUUCCCCAAGGGACAUGAACUCCCCCAGCACACUAGCUCAUUUGGGGGUUACUGUUAUGGGGUAUCAAGUUUUCAUGGAUAUUUCUGUGGUACUCGUUCUUCGCGUAAGCAGGCAAGACAUGUGAAGUUUAAUGCAGUCAGAUGCAGGAUAAGUAAUUACUCUUUCACUUCUUCAACCAGAGCCCUUGAAAGCAAAGCCUUGUUUACUUCAUCAGUACCGAUAAGAGGAGGAUUGUACCUAUUUAAACACAAAUUGAACCAUACUCGGAUAUCUUCAAACAUCGAGGUUGCUGGUGCCGUAGAAGUCAUCAAUGAUCUGGGGUUGGAUACAUUGACUUUCUUGGCUGUGACUGUUAUUGUUGUCCCUGCGUUCAGGUUCAUUAAAGCUAGCCCAAUACUUGGUUUCUUCUUUGCUGGCGUCGUACUGAAUCAGUUUGGCUUCAUCCGGAAUCUGACUGAUGUUAAGGUUCUGUCAGAAUGGGGAAUUCUGUUCCUGCUGUUUGAGAUGGGCUUGGAGCUCUCACUUGCCCGACUAAAAGCCCUUGCAAAAUUUGCCUUUGGCAUGGGAUUGACUCAGGUUGUGUUAUCCACUCUUGCUUUUACAGCAUUUGAGCUUCCACCUAAUGGGGCUAUUGGAACGAGAAUUUUGGAGUUCCUAUUUCACUCAAGGUCUGACUUGGUGAAUAUUAGAAGCAUUGAUGAGGCCAUUGUUAUCGGUGCAGCUCUCUCUCUGUCGUCUUCUGCUUUUGUUCUUCAGCUUCUUGCAGAGAAGGGUGAGCUUCCUACAAGAUUCGGUUCAGCAACUUUGGGGAUACUUCUGUUUCAGGAUAUAGCUGUUGUUCCCCUCUUAGUCGUACUUCCUAUCCUAGAGAGCCAGACUCUGGUCGGGGAAAGUGUCUUGCCCAUGCUUAUUAAUGAAAGUUUGAAGGCUUUACUUGGACUGGGAGUGCUGUCUCUUGGGGGGAAAUACCUUCUAAGGCGAGUUUUUGAGGUUGUUGCAGAAGCAAGGAGCUCAGAGGCUUUUGUUGCUCUCUGCCUGCUGACAGUUGCUGGGACUUCUCUCAUCACCCAGAAGUUAGGCUUCAGUGAUACGCUUGGAGCAUUUUUAGCCGGGGCUAUUUUGGCAGAAACAAAUUUCCGUACACAGAUUGAAGCUGAUAUAAGGCCAUUUAGGGGGUUACUUCUUGGAUUAUUUUUUGUGACUACAGGAACUUCUAUUGACAUGGAGCUGCUGCUUCGAGAAUGGCCAAAUGUACUAUCACUCUUGGGGGGCUUAAUUGUCAUCAAAACACUGAUUAUAACAGCUAUAGGUCCCCGUGUUGGACUCACUUUGCAAGAAAGUGUAAGAAUUGGUUUGCUAUUAUCACAGGGUGGAGAGUUUGCUUUUGUUGUCUUCUCUCUGGCUAACAGGUUGGGAGUGCUACCACUGGAGCUUAACAAGCUUCUUAUAAUUGUUGUUGUAUUGUCAAUGGCAUUAACCCCGUGGCUUAAUGACCUUGGAAGAAGAGCUGCUGAUUUUAUUGAAGACAAGUCUGAUACAGAAGAUAAAGGGGCUAUGCCAGUGAACUUUGAAGGCAGCGAACCGGUUGUCAUCCUUGGAUUUGGACAGAUGGGCCAGGUGUUGGCAAACUUAUUGGGCACUCCAUUAGCUUCAGCAGUAGAGGGAGAUGCUAUGGCGGGAAUGCCUUAUGUAGCUUUCGAGCUGAACCCAUCUGUGGUGAAGGCGUCUAGAAAAAUUGGUUUCCCUAUUCUCUAUGGGGAUGGAUCGAGCCCUGAAGUGCUGCGAGCGGCAGGAAUCUCUUCACCUAAGGCUGUAAUGAUUACCUACACAGGCAAGAAGAAGUCAAUUGAGGCUAUUCAGAAGCUCCGACUUGCCUUUCCUGGGAUCCCGAUAUACGCUAGAGCCCAAAAUAUCACGCAUCUUUUAGAUCUUAAAAAAGCUGGUGCUACGGAUGCAAUUCUAGAAAAUGCAGAGACAAGUUUACAACUUGGGUCUAAGCUCUUGAAAGGACUUGGAGUCAUGUCUGAUGACGUCAACUUUUUGAGCCAACUGGUCCGGGACUCCAUGGAGAUGCAAGCUCAAGAAGCGGCACUAAGAAAGACUGAUGAAUCAGACACGGAUAUCAUGAAGCCGCUUCAGGUGAGAGUUUCGGAUUCCAUUGUCGUCCAAGAGCCUGUGCCAUCGUUAUCAGGGGAGGAGAAACUCAUGUUGAGAACGGACGAGAAGGAUGAAAGCCAUGUCUUGAGGCUUGAAGGGAAAGCGGAGGAAAUGGCACGCAGUGGUAGUGACCGCCAACAAGAGGAUGUAUAAAGCAAUGGUGACUGUUCCUUGUUGGAUGAAGAACAUAUGGGGGAGCGAAGGUCUGGUCUGCUCGAGGCUACUAAAACUGCAGCCCCUGUUAUAGAAAGAGCUUCAUUUGUAUUAUAUGAAGGUCUGGUCUGUUUGAGGCUACUAAAACAGCAGCCCCUGUUGUAGAUUGCUAUUGAUUCAAUGAUCUCUAUAGGACGUGGUCAGCUUCAUUUGUAUUAAAGCCACUGAAAAUAUGGCGAUGCCUUGAAAAUUGUAUAAAGCUGCCGUAGCUUCAGCAGAUUGUCGCUUCCCUCAAUGUUUGACUCCAGAAUGUAAUGCCAUGGAGCUCCUGGGGAGUAGAAUCUGAAGUUAUUCCUUGCCCGAGAUAUGUAGAAUACUGGAAUAAAAUAGGUCUAUUGAAUAUUCAUUGUGAAACCUGUAACUCA